UUAUGACCGGUUGGGGGUCGCGGCAUUAAAAGGUUGAGAACCACUGGUCUAGGGCUUCCUGCUUGAGCAGGGGGUUGGACUAGAGGACCUCCAAGGUCCCUUGCAGCCCUGUUAUUCUGUUCUUCUCAACUUCUAGAAGUUUGGGAAGGCUGAUGGACCCCCUGAUAGGACAAACGUUGGUUUUGGCUGCUCCUGGUUUUUCCUGUCGCGUUGCCAUCUGGAGUGAACACCGCCUGAUUACCGGGAUCGUCACUUACUCAGAUUGGGUGGGAGGUGAGAAUUUGAUCUAUUUUGAGCUAGGAAAGGCACCCCUAAUUUUUUUUCCGAGUCUCGUUCAGCUUGGGGGUUCUGCUUGUGCAGCACUGGGGUCAACCUCCUGUCGUAGUGCGAACAUUAAAAAUCAUUUCCCAACUCUCGGGUGGGGGGGGGGGUUCUCCUGGAAUCUCCCCCACUCAUUAAAGUGCCUCCCAACCCCAUCCUUUCUUCAGACCCCUCCUCUUCAUCGUUACUCGCAGCUUUCAGGGGCGUCUUUCCCUCCUUACAAUGGCCUUGAGAAGCACCCCAACCAGAAACACCACUGUUUUCUGGGAUUUCUUUGAACGUUCAUGUCAACAUCCAGCUCAAGAAUCCAAAUAAAACUCCGUCCAUUCUGUUUCCGAAAAUCUCAACUGUUUAUUAAAUACACGGCAUGGUGGUGUCGAAGCAAAACUAAGUCUGAGUUUCCCAGGCACCAGUUCAUAGAAUUAAACCAUCAUUUCUCGGGUCAAAACCCCAACCUCUCACCUAGUCCAUGUAAACAAUUUCACUUUGUUAUGGGAACCGUCUGCUUCCUCUCCACACCUGCUGUGGUGUCCUUGGAGAGGUUUCAGGCUCUCACAGUCUUCAGCGGAACCGGAGAGGUUUCGUUGUUCUCAUUGUAAUGGCAAGUUGAAACGAGACAUGUCGUUACCAAAGUUUCAUUCUUGACAGUUCAAUAGACUGUAGCCAUGGGAUAUCCUGCUAUCCCCCACUGAAGGGCUAAUCAUGGUCCUGGCUGGCUCAGGAAUUCUGGGAGUUGAAGUCCACAGGUCAUAAAGUUGACAUGGUUGCUCACCCCUGUGUCUUGAAGCACUUCAAACACGACAUCUUAAAAAAAGAAAAAUGUGAGAUCAGACCGGCCCAACUCAAACAUCCAGAUUAGCUUCUUAGGUUGACAUUUUAAGAGCAUAAUCUGAUUAAUGCCGUAAGAAGCUCAGAAGCAGCUGCUUCCAGUUCCAUCCAGUCCCAUAACAGGGAUCUAGCGGCUUUGUGGGGCUCAGCUGGUUUGGUGAUACACGAGUGAGCAGUUCAGAGCUGCUAAGAGUAGCAACUCGGCAAUUGACAGAAUCCGAGUUCCUCUAAAGGCAUCGGCCGCGGAUGGUGGCCAGUGAAGGCCCCUCAAUCACCACCAUGAGGCCCACCGUGCAAAGGCGGGCAAGCCUCUCAGCCAACAUGAAGUUUAGGGCCUGUCAGAAGUGCUGCAGGACUGCCAACAAUGUGGACCUCCUCCUUCCCUUCUCUCAGGAGAAGCUGGUCAAGCCGUGGAGCUCCAUGGACAAUUUGGCCGACUGGGCCCAGGACAGCGACGACCUUUCCCACCCGUCGAAUCCGAAUUUCUUGACCCUCAACGUUGGAGGCCAACACUUCCACAUCUCUGUCCGAGUGGCGGCCAAAUACCCCCUCACCAGGAUUGGGCAAUUGGCCACCUGCGUGGAUCCCGUGAAGAAGCUGGAGCUGUGCGACGACUACUCGGUGCCGAAGAACGAGUACUUCUUCGACCGAGACCCUCUCGUCUUCCACUACGUCUCCCACUUCUACCGGAGCGGAGUCAUGUGGGUCCUGACCGAGUUCUGCUCGGCCAACUUCCUGGAGGAGAUCGAGUACUGGGGCGUCCACAUGAAGUACACCCAGCGCUGCUGCCGGAUCCUCUUUGAGGAGAAGCAUGACGAGAUAGUGGAGUAUCUGAAGAUCCAGCAAGAGUUGGAGGCCGAACUGGAGACCGUCGAGAAGGAAGAACAUUUUGAGGGCAAGUUCAUGGGCCAGUUCCGGAAGGCCAUCUGGAAACUGAUCGAGAACCCGUACUCCUCGGUCCUGGCUAAGAUCACGGCCCUCUUGUCCAGCCUGUUCGUGCUGUUCUCGGUGGUGGGGAUGACCCUCAGCACCAUGAAGGAAAUGCAGGACAAGACCAGCAAGCAGUGCAUGGAGCACUUGGAGACCGUCUGCGCCGUCUUCUUCACCCUGGAGUACCUCAUGCGGCUGGUCUCCACCUCCACCCUCCGGCAGUUCUUCCGGGCGGCCUUCAGCGCCAUCGACCUGGUGUCCAUCCUGCCCUUCUACGUCCAGAUCGUCUUCGAGUGCCUGGUCGAGAACGACUCCGAAGACCACGAGGAGCUGCACAAGAUGCGGAACGUGGGGAAGCUGGGCAAGGUCCUCAAGCUGAUCAAGCUGAUGCGGAUCUUCCGUAUCCUGAAGCUGGCCCGGCACUCCACGGGGCUGAGGGCCUUCGGCUUCACCCUCCGGCAGUGCUGCCAGCCGGUCUGCUGCCUCCUGCUCUUCAUCGCCAUGGGCAUCUUUACCUUCUCCGCCCUCAUGCACUCCGUUGAGCACGAUGUGCCGAACACCAACUUCACCAGCAUCCCCAACGCCUGGUGGUGGGCAGCAGUGAGCCUCUCCACCGUGGGCUACGGGGACACGGUGCCGGACACCUUCCUGGGCCGGGUGGUGGCCUUCGGCUGCAUCGCCUUCGGCAUCAUCGUCAACGGGAUGCCCAUCUCCAUCCUCUACAACAGGUUCUCCGACUACUACGCCAAGCUCAAGUCCCACGAGGAGGACAAGACCACGGUGGCCCCCCGCCAGGACGGCCUCAGGCAGAGGCUCCGGAAGAAGCUGGGCCGGUGCUGGGGCCCCGAAAGCAACCGGGCAGGCCAGCCCCCCGGCCAGUAG